AUGCCGUGUCUCGACAAAAGUGGCGACCGGGCUCUGGUGCUGGCGAUGAUUGAGCCGUGGAGUCACGGCCAGCCAGGGCAAGCGCACUUGUGCUCGUGCCAGGCGUGUGAGAGCACACCGAGCGCGCGCACACCACAGCUGACAGGAUACACCCGGCGGGCCUUAACAGGUCACACACAAUUCGAUUACUGGGGUCGGGCAGGCGGAGAUGAACAGAGGUUAGAGAAGGAGAAGUCUCAUUCGCAGGGAUUCCCUGAGGUAGGAGGCUGGGCAGUGCCACAGGGCAGCGUGGAGCUAUGCAAGAAUGAUAAGGCGAAAAAAGACGGACAGCUUAUGGGACGACCAAAUUGGUUAUCGUUCGUGUUUCAGGGAAUAAAGUUGAAGUCGAUCAAGGAGACGCUAUCACUAGAAGAGCUUCUGCACCGACCCGUGGCCCGAGUUCAGAAGAAUGCGCUCGUGUUACACGAUCUGUUGAAGUACACAACAGACGACCAUCCCGACAAGCAGACGCUCAAUGUUGCACUCAAGAUGACGCAGUGCUUUCUGAAGGACUUCAACGAAACCACGCAGAGGAAUGGAAAAGUGCCGAGCAGCCCGGGCCGACCGCGGCUCCACCUGGUGAAGGAUAGCUUCAUCAUCGAGCUUUCGGAGAAUCAUCGAAAGCUGAGGCACGUGUUCCUGUUUGAGAACGCCCUCGUGUGUGCAAAACAGAAACUAACCGGCAGGCACACGUUCGCGUACGAGUGUAAAUGGUACAUCCCACUCUCUGAGCUACUCAUCGUCGAAGACAUCGAGAUGAAAGAUGGUAGAGAGCAGGCGGAGAGCCAGCGGGCCGAGCUGGAGGUGCUGAGGGGGAGGGUGUCACAGCUCAGGGAGCAGCUACGUCGUGAGGAGAAGCUCUGCAAACAACAGAAGUCGGGGUCGCGGGGCGGUCGCGUGAGCCGCACAGUACUGAAGCUGCGUAAGAAGCUAGCGGAGCAGGAGACUGCACUCGUGCUGGCGCUGCCCAACCUCGUGCUGCGCGUCUGCCACCGUCACGGCAAGACCUACACGUUCCUCGUGUCGUCCGACUACGAGCGUCUGCACUGGCGCGACGUCGUCAGCAAGCAGCAGAUAAAGGAGGCGCGCAGCGGUGGCGCCGCCACGCCCGUCAACAUAUACGACCUGCAGGAGACACUCGGCUCAAUCAAGACGAAGAAUGUGUCUCAGUUUGGUGCGGUGCUCAUCAAUGCAACAGAGCAAGAGAAAGAGGAAACCAUGACAGGAGACCUCUGUGUUACCAUACAUUCCAUACAGGGCCUCCAGCAACGUUGUGAUACGUUCUGUUGUCUAGAGAUGGACUCUUACGGUCAUUUCUUCCUCAAAGCACGAACUAAUAUCUGCCUGAACACUAAUGAACCACACUGGGAUCAGGAGUUUGUACUGGAGAUGGAGGGAUCGCAGACACUCCGCAUACUCGUCUACGAAGUGCACCCCAGCUCACCAGAGGUUCUGCUAGGCAAGGGCACGCUAGAGCUGAGCGAGUCGUGGCUCAAGGACAGGGAGUCGCAGCGUCAGACAAUCAUCAUAGAGAGCAUGCUCGUCACACUCUCGUUCAAAUUCAUCUCAGCGAAGAACACGCUACGGCGUCUGCCGUCGCGCUGGGAUGUCGGCGUGUUCGGCGUCAACAUCCGAACACUCUGCAAGAAGGAACGCAGCAAGGUGCCAUUCAUUGUGACAGCGUGUGUAACAGAGGUGGAAAGACGAGGCAUCAGAGAGAUGGGAAUAUACAGAGUUUCUGGAGCCUUGUCAGAAGUACAGAAGUUGAAGAGCGCAUUUGAGACUAGUCAGCUGGAAGCUGCACGCAUCGUCUGUGAGUCGGACAUCCACGCCGUAGCUAGUGUGUUGAAGCUUUACCUCAGGGAGCUUCCAGAGCCCCUCUUUACUGACAAGCUGUAUCCCGACCUGCGCGAUAGCUUCACUCUGUCCGACCCGGAAGCACGGCGCGACUGCAUGCUGCAGCUGCUCAACCAACUGCCAGAGAUUAACUACCGCACAGUUCUCUACUUGAUCGACCACAUGAUCAGGUUAAACAAGUUUGACCUUGAGAACAAAAUGUCGCUUCACAACCUGGCAACGGUUUUCGGCCCAACCCUGCUGCGGCCGGCCGCCCACCAGGGGGCAGUGGAGGACGCCUUUGCCGUCGGCACGAUGGACGUGAUGUCACAGAUGCACAUACUGCUGUACUACCUGCAGAUGCUAGCAAACGGCUACGGCCUCAAGACGGACUGAGCUGUGCGGUGUGGGGGGUCUCUUGUAUAAAACAUGGCCGGUGCUACACGGCUCUAGCGGAUGGUAUAGAAUUGUAAACGUAGGACUGAGAGCCAGCCAGUUAAAUCGACGCACAUUUAGCCCGAGAAUCUGCUGGCUUGAUCUAUUGCGAAAAACAUUGUUAAUCUGUCACAUUCAAAUACCACUUGUCAUUAAACACUGCAGAACAGACAACAAGUAACCAGACAUAUAUAUAUAUAUAUACAUAUAUAUCGAGAUAUAUAUCAUAUCAUAUCAGAUACGUUAACAAAACGCGCAAUAUAUACGGACAAUGUAGGCUAACAUAACUUGAGUAACUUGUGAUUCUAUUAAGUGUACGGUAUAGGUAACGCCACGUCGCACAUCUGCACAAGCCUAUCUGCACGAGUGUAAAUAAUGUAUUUUAUGUACCAAACAGAACGCGAUAACAUAUACAUGGUAAGGAUAGCAUUGGCAUUAGAGCAGACCUUCCAGUUAUCUCCAUCCACAGAUCGGGUAUUUAGUAGAGUGUGGCAAAACGAAGGCGUCGGUAUGUAAAACGGAGUAUGAAUACAACAUGCUAGAAGGGUACUAGUAGGUUACAUUCACUGAUUUAUUGUAGCAUACGGACAUACACGUGACGCGUGUGUGUGCAUGAGGCACAUAUAUGAGAGUAGAGUGCCAGUGUGUGAACAUACGAUUAAAUGACAAGCGAGGGCGAGUAGCAGGUUUUUUGUGCUGUCUGCCUAUUCACGACAUUGCCUAUUGACAAAUGCGGUCGUUUGAACACGAGAGUUUAUCCCCCUCGGCAUUAUUUUUCAUGGUAAAUUUCCGAAAUGAGCAGCUGCCAAAUUGUAUUAUACAUCUCAGCAGGCACGAAUCCACCAUCAUCUGUGAUUAACAUGUUGAUUCUAAUGCGUGCUGGUUUUCAUGUUAAAGAAGUCUUUGUUUGGCUAAUAUAGCUACGUAUUUUGUCUUUUCUGCUAUUAAAUUAAUUACAUCACAUCAGAAUUCACGCAUUCAGGUGCGUUUUAGUUUUACCUUUGAUCAUUCUAAUCAGUGUUGCAUUGAUUUUGCUCUUUAUCCCAAAGAUGUGAACGUGUAAGUAUUAUUUUUCAUUUUAUUUUAUAAGACAAUUUUGUGGAAACUGAAUGGAACAAGGUUAUUGCUAGACGAUUAAUCUCGUAUUUAACAUACAGCCGUGUCUGUCUUCAUCGUGUCUUACCUAUCCUUACAUGUUUGAAUCGCUGACUGGUAGGUGGUAGCACAGUUCCGCUGCUACAGCAAAUUAACAUCAUAUAGGAACUAUGCGGACAUGCUAUAUUAUCAACCUGUAUCGUUCCAGCCCCAGUUUCUAAAAAAAAACAGAGUUGCAAUUUUACGUUUUGAAGCGUUUGAGUAGCUAGGCUGAUAAUUAUUAUAAAUAGCUGAUAGACAUGCAGCUUAAUUGCACUAUAUUGACGUGUAUAAUUUUAUUUUUAUAACUUAUCAUCUGUAACUUAUUUAAUUAAGAUUUGUUUAGAACGCCAUUGCGGAGGGUAAAACUAUAGAAGCGGUAUCUAUUGUGGUGUGGCAUCACAGUUGCGGAUGAAACUAGAAGCAGUAUUUGUUGUGGUGUGACAUCACAGUUGAGGGUGAAACUAGAAGCGAUAUUUGUUGUGGUGUCACAUCACAGUUGAGUAUGAGACUGUAGAAGCGGUAUUUGUUGUGGCGUGACAUCACAGUUGAGGAUGAGACUAGAAGCGGUACGUAUUUGUUUUCGUGUGUGCCAUCGUCGCCACCAUUUAAAUUUUCUGUUCGUUUACGAGUGUAAUAAUAUAUUCGGUGCAAUUUAAACCAUAUAUGGGUUCAUGCUACAUUUUACUAGAUAUGACGCGGGUGAAUAGUUUUAAGGUUCAGUUUACUCGGUGGUUUCAAUAAACAAGAAUUAUAGAGUGGGUGAAAAACAGUAUAUAUUUUGCUGUAAAUAAAUAGCAUCAUGUUUGUGAUAGGUAAA